UCCUCUAGUGAAGUUGAGAGAGAAUACCCAGAUCAUAAAUCUCAAUCUACUUUUGGAGAAAAAAGGGUUUUCUUGGUUGUUGGUGAAAGAUUGACUCAGCCACUUAGUCACCUCAGAUCUGUGGGUUACAACAAGAGCUGGAGACCAUUAUUCUUGCUUGAUCUGACUCAAGACUCAAGUGGGGAGAAUAUGAAUACUUUUUCUCAUGUUCCACCCGGUUUUCGGUUUCAUCCAACAGAUGAAGAACUAGUUGAUUAUUACCUUAGGAAAAAAAUUUCUUCACGAAGGAUUGACCUAGAUGUCAUUAAAGAUGUUGACCUCUACAAAAUUGAGCCUUGGGAUCUUCAAGAGCUAUGCAGGAUAGGAACAGAAGAGCAAAAUGAGUGGUACUUUUUUAGCCAUAAAGAUAAGAAGUAUCCAACAGGAACUCGCACAAAUAGAGCCACAACAGCGGGGUUUUGGAAAGCAACAGGAAGAGACAAAGCUAUAUACUCUAAGCAUGACUUAAUUGGAAUGAGGAAGACCUUAGUCUUUUACAAAGGUCGAGCUCCAAAUGGACAAAAAUCAGACUGGAUUAUGCAUGAAUACCGGCUUGAAACUGAAGAAAAUGGGACUCCACAGCAGGAGGAAGGUUGGGUGGUCUGCAGGGUAUUCAAGAAAAGGAUAGCAACAGUGCGUAAAGUAAACGAGCAGGGAUCACCCUGUUGGUACGAUGAUCAAGUCUCAUUCAUGCCUGAUUUAGACUCACCUAAGCAUAAUUCCCAGUCUAAUUUGGUGUACCAGCUCCCUUAUUGCAAGAAAGAGCUAGAUUUGGUACCAUACCAUGCUCCACAUGACCACUUCCUUCAGCUCCCACUCUUAGAGAGCCCAAAGUUGCUCCAAUCAGCUCCCACUAUAAGCUCCAAUUCCUUAGCCCCAUAUGUUAUAGACAUCAACCAUGCCACCACUUUGCAAUCCUCAUCAAUCUCACAAGAGGAACAAAUUCAACAUCAACCCCAUGAACAAAACUUUUAUGUGGCUUAUGCUAACAAUAAUUGCAAUGGGCAAGCAGUGGAUCAAGUUACAGAUUGGAGAGUGCUUGACAAAUUUGUUGCUUCUCAACUAAGCCAUGAGGAUGCAUCCAAGCAAAAUAGCUACUCAACUGGUACCAACAACAUCUAUCACACAUCAAACAGCACCAAUGUAUUUGUCAGACGUAUGGAUAAGCAAGAAAUGGUGCCAGAAAGUGUGUCUAUGUCAAGCUCUAGUGGCCAAACUGAGUUGUGGAAGUGACAUCUACCAUGCUGAUCAUAGAAUAUUGAGUUUGAAAAGAAGAAGAAAAAAAAAAGGGAAGUAAUGUUUCAAAUUUCUGUACAUAAUGAACUAAGACAGUGUAACUUUAACAGUUGGUGAGCUUCUGGCUCUCCUACUAGCUAGUAUUAAGUUAAUACUACCAAAUAGUUAGUGAAAAAAAAUUAUAUUUCUUUGUAUGAUGAAGAUAUAUCCUUGGAGGGUACUAUGAAGCUAGCUGAGUGUAAUAGAUGGAGCAUGGUUUGUGUGUAGUGAGCUUUGUUAUUUCUUUUUAUAAGUACAAAUUAAGGGCUUUAUUGUGUAGCUUAAGGACUUACAGCGUACAUGUGCUGUUUAUGGAGUCAGCCAGGUGGUCGAUCACAGUUGUGUUUGUAUGUUCAACUUCAUGAAUUAGUUUUAGAAUAAAUAAGAUAUAUCUUUUUGUAGUU